CUCACAAGUCUAUUUUUAUGAUAUCAGCGGAAAUGUUGUUGUGGGAAAUCCGAUGAUUACGUCGUACGAUAUUAUAUUAUUAUUAUUAUUAACGCGUUCCGACUGACGAGUGACGACCGUGUUUUCGCGUGUGACUCCGGCUCGUCCGUUCUUUACUCUUCACUCUCCGAUCUCUGUUGUUGAUAGUUCGCUUUUUGAGUAGCUCAUAAACAAAUUUGUUUUGUAAACUGGUUAAAUUUAUUACAGUUAUUGACUUAUUGUGCAUUUGUUUUGGAUGCUGUCUUGUUAUAUAUAGUGAUUUACGUAUCAACUAUUUAUAUUGCUCUGUGAUUUGUGAUUAUAAGUUUUUUCCUCAUCUUGGUCACUAUACAGUCACCUCGUCCGUCAUAGUAAAAUCAGUUUUUUGAAAAAUACAUUCAUUUUUGUUACGUUCAUUAUAUUAGUUAAAACUAAUUCAAAGACGUCAUAAUUUCUAGUUAGUUAAUCUCUUUUGGGGUAAGUUAUAUGAUAAUUUUUUGUAGCUUAAAGGAUCAAUUACCUACUUUUUAACAAUUAUGUCUAAUCGUCCUGUAAGCAAAUCUACCAAGCGCCGUAGGUUUUUAGAGGAAGUAGAAUUUGUUGAUAAUUUAUACAGUUUAGAUCAACCACCUAGCACAUCUAUGGUUCAAACAGGUGAUAGCUUUGAAUAUAUGCAGGAAAAUCCCAACCCAACCAACUGUCUUACCAGUAAUACAAGUGAAGCAAUAAAUAGUUUUCCACUACCUAUUGUCUCAUUUUUUGAUAGUAAUUCAUCAUUAAUUGAUGAAAGUGAAUUACCCUUUGUUUCUGAUAGUGAUAGUGACGAAGAAGAUGUUUCAAAGCAAUUUAAUUUCUUUGCUGAUGAUAAACAAAAAAUUCUGAAUUUGCUAAGUCAAUGGGCAGUUAGUAAUAAUAUUACUAAUAGCGCUUUGUCUGCAUUAUUAAAAAUUCUAAAAUCUCAUAAGUGUUUUGUUAGUUUUCCUUCGGAUGCUAGAACUAUUUUAAAAACUAAUUUGUCUUGCAACAAUGCUAAUUCUAUUCAAUCUGUUCCCCCUGGAAUAUACCAUCACUUAGGCAUUUCCAAUGGCUUAAAUUCCUUAUGAAAAGUUAUAAGUUAUAAUGAUUGUGAAGAAAUAAAAAUUUUAAUAGGUAUUGAUGGUCUCCCCCUAACAAAAAGCUCAAGCAGUACAUUUUGGCCAAUUGUUGGACAUGUUCAAUAUCAAUCUAGUUAUUCCUGUACAUUUUUUAUUGGUGUUUAUUGGGGAAAAGAUAAACCCAAAGAUAGUAAUAUAUUUUUAAAAGAUAUGGUAAAUGAACUUAAAGAAUUAUCAAAAAAUGGAUUAAUAACUGAUUUUGGUAAGAAACGUGUGGUUGUUAGUGGCUUUUGCUGUGAUGCACCGGCUAGGAGCUUCAUAUUGAAGACUAAGGGUCACACCGGAUUUUUUUCUUGUUCGAGGUGUACAAUCGAGGGUGUAUAUUUGGAAAACAGGGUAUGCUUUCCGUCUGGAAAUAGUUUUUACAAAAGAACAUAUUCCAAUUUUUUGAAUCGCUCAAACAAUGAGUAUCACCUAACUGAUUCAGUUUCAUUAAUUACUGAAAUACCUCAUUUAGAUAUAAUUUUUAAUUUUCCAUUAGAUUACAUGCAUCUUGUGUGCUAGGGAGUUAUGAAAAAACUGAUUUUAUUGUGGUUGGGCAGUAUAAAAAAAGCACCUUUGUCAGUUCGUUUAGAGACUAUAAAAGUACUAACUAUUUCCAAUAAUCUUUUACUGCUUAAACCAUUUAUUACUUCAGAUUUUUCAAGACUUCCUAGGGGUCUAAAUGAAGUACCUAGAUGGAAGGCCACAGAGUAUAGAUUAUUUCUUUUGUACUCUGGGCCUAUAGUGUUGCAAGGUAUGCUAAACGAAGACUGUUAUUCCCAUUUUAUAUGUUUACAUAUAUGCUUUAGAAUUCUAUUAACAUCUAACGUUGAAAGUGAGCUGAUACAUUUUUGUGAAAAAUUGUUGAUAUAUUUUGUUGAUAAAUUUGGGAAAUUAUACGGGAAACACUUCAUAUCGCACAAUGUUCAUGGGUUGUUGCAUAUUGUAGAUGAUUAUGCACAAUAUGGUGCUCUUGACAAUUGCUCUUGUUUUCCUUUUGAAAACUUUUUACAGUUUUUAAAAAAAAUGGUUCGGAAAUUUGAAAAACCUCUAGAGCAGGUUAUAAAGCGUUACAACGAAUAUUUGACAUUUUCUGAAUUUAAAGAUUCUACUUGCAAAAAAGACAUAGACUUUAGAAAGCCACACAAUGAAGGGCCAAUUAUUGAUCAAUUUAAUGGGUCUCAGUUUAAAUGUAUUAUAAUAGAUGAUUUUAAAAUUGAUACACAGUCCAUUGCUAAUUGCUAUGUUGGUUUUACUAAAGAAAACCAACUUCAUAUUUGUAAAGUUGAGAACAUUUGUAGGAAUGAUCACGAAAAUGUGUUAAUUGUUAAGUUUUUUAAUAAUGUUGAGCCUUUUUUUACUAAACCAAUUAAUAGCAUUAAGUUACA